AUGGGUAUUACUGUGCAUACAGACAAGAUUGCCCUGGCAAGUUAUCAGCUAGACGGAGAAACGGAUCAUUGGGGGUCCUUGAUGAAAAACUCUCGGGACACGACAAGCAUGACUUGGGCUCAGUUCAAAGAAUUGUUUCUAAGAAAAUAUUUCCCAAACACAGUUAGACAAGAGCGAAUUUGGCAAUUUCAAACUUUGAAACAGGGUGAGAUGUCAGUGACUCAGUAUGUGGCCAAGUUUGAAGAGCUGGCUCGAUACGCAACCCGAUACAUCGCAGAUGAGGGAGAGAAAGCACGAAAAUUUGAGUGGGGUUUAGACCUAAUUAUUAGAGGUAAAGUGUUACCCUUGCGCCUCCCUACAUUUGCUGAUGUGGUGGAUACGGCAUUAGAUGCAGAAAGAGAGUGGGUAGACUCAAAAGAGAUUUGGAUGAUGAAAACGAAGAAUGGGGGUCAGUCCUUUGUAGGGCCAAGAAGAAAUGACCGAAGGAAUGUGGUACGGACACCAUACACCAGACCGUCGCAACAGCCGCAACAGCAAAGCCAGAAAGGAAGUUUACAAACCAAGCCUAUUACACAAAUCCAAUGCUUUCACUGUCAUCAGAUAGGGCACAAGAAGUCGAAAUGUCCCCAACUUUCUGGGAUUGGAAAUCAAGCAGGGGGUUCAAGCGCAAAUGCUCAAGUUAUUGGCGGGCAAAGGCCAUGGACGAACAAGUCAGGAGGAAACUGA